AUGAAUAGAAGAAGAAAGUUUCUCAUUGCCUCAAUAGUUGCUGUUCAGAAUUCCAGUUUCAUAUAUCCAUCAUGUCAGAAGUGCUUCUCUAAAGUAAUCCUAGUUUCCAAAAGGUUUGAUUGCCCCAAAUGUGGCUGUACUGGUGAAGCCAAGAAUGUUACUUACAGAUAUAAACUCUCCUUAAAAGUUUCUGAUACAAAUAGAUUGUUUUCAAUUACUAUAUUUGGAAGCUGCUUGGAUACAUUUUUUGGCAUCACUGCCACUUGCCUUAACAGGUAUAUAAAAGAUUCUAACCAAGUUGAAGGGACAUUGGACAAUAACUCAAUUCAAGAUAUAUUAAUUCAAGCAGUCCAGACAUGCUUUAUUGGGAAAACCUUUAUUUUCGGAGUGACGAAUUUUGAAAACCAAGGUGAGCAAGCUUUGGCCUCCAACAAUUUGUUACAAAAAUGCUCUCAUGAUGAUGGGCACAUUAGAGAGCUAGUAGCCUGCCAGAUUUCUCUGCCAAACUCAGACAUCACAGGUUACACAGUUAUCAACUACUUUGAUCAGCUUUUGCAGUCUGCUAAUUUCAGGAAUAUUCACUUUGGUUCUCAGUGCCCUGAUAGCCAUUUACUGGAAGGUGACCACGCCAGCAGUGAGCUCAGCAGCUUAGGUAGUUCUGGCAGCAGCUCUUCUUUUGUUCAGUCAAGUGGCAGAGAUCAUCUUUCAAGACUUUGGCAACAAUUCCUUGGACUCGCACCAAUUGUUACACAACCAGUUGAUGAUGAAGAUUUCUCCAUUUCUGAGCAAAGUAAGGCCGAUAGCGUUCUUCUACAGCAGAAAGAAAGGGUCUCCUCUGCUGAGACCCCCCAUUUCAGUAAUUGUCAUGAACUUACUCAGGACUCUCACAGCCUUCACUUGUCUCUGGGUGAGGCGACUAAAAAGGGAAAGCUGGAUACAAAAUCUAAUCAUAUGACUGCCAUUCUUAACAAUUGUCAUGAGGUUGGAGCGGCCAAUAACUGGGAUAGUUUUUGCCCUUUAAAAAUGAAGCAUCCACUCGAGGAAAAUAAUACAAAUCUUCUUGGUCCUCUGCAGAAAGAAGAAAAAUGUUCCCAAUCCAAGUUAAUUCAUCACCAGGAUCACAAUUUAGAUCUCUAUUCAAACCUUCCCAAGAGAACUUCAUUUACCACAUUAUCUCUUAGUCAUGAAGUAAGUGCUGGUGAUACACAGAAGGAAGACCCUGAAAUUUGGGAUGACCUGCCAUUCUCUGAAAGUCUAAAUGCUUUUAUGGCAGUCAUCGAAAAUGAGAACACUGUUGCCCAGGUCACAAAAUGUUCUGUUAUAGAUAAAGACAUCAGUCCAUUGGACAGUCACUGUGGCAAGUUGUUUACAAAUCCACAGAAAGCUACUGGAAAUACACAUGUGUCACAUGUGAGGCCACAGGUAAAAUACAAAAACUGUGCUGAAAAUAGUGUUCUUUCCAGCUAUGGCUCAAAAAUGAACUCAAGUUCACAAAAGGAAAGGCAACUAGAUAACACAGCCAAUUGCUUUUCAUUGAGUAUUAGUGGAAAAGAAAUUUCUGACAUGGCUAUGCCUAAUGCUAGUGUGUCAGUCCUACCCGAGACUCCAAAAGCCUUCAGAACAUACCUUUCUUUAAAAAAAAAUGACAGUUUUCUACAAUCCAAAGUUGAAAUCAUCCCAAGUCCUAAUACUUUAGGGAAUGUCCAUUCUUGUGCCAAUGCAAAGUAUUCUGUGAAAUGUGGAGAAAGGCAAUCUUUAGAAGCAGAAGGAACAGCUACUUCUUUGUGUUCUGAAAAACAUGUUGUGUUUUCUGGUGCUUGUCAUGCAGGAAAUAAAAGAUGUUCUAUCUGGCCACAGAAUCAAGAAGGAAGUUUUACAACAUGCAGGGAACUUGUGCAAAACUCAAAUACUCAUUCGAAAAAUAAAAAUGAGAGUACAAAUAUGUUUGCAUUGAUGGCAGGAUCUCAAGGAAUAACAUCUACAACUGUAAAAAAAGACUUCCUUCAAAACCACUCUCCUGAUCAUGACAGCAGUUACAAUGCUUCUGCUGAUCUCUUUGAUGUUAGUGCCAAAGAAACUGGGGAGGAAUGUAUAGAUAAAUCACAGGGCAUUUUGUCAACAUUGGAAACUGUUUUGACAGAAAAUCAUCCUCUGUCUAAUUUUCCCCAUAGUCCUUUAGAUAAUAAUUGCAGCCAUUUUCAGAGAAUGUCCCCACAAAACAUACUUUCAUGUUCAAGAACACAUUCUUCUCCACCUUAUUUUCAAUCCGAUUCAGACUAUGAUCUGGGAGAUAGCCAAGAAUUUGUCCCUUAUUCACAGUCAACUCCUAUUGCACCACUUCAUCAUAGACUGAGAGUCCAUAAAAUGAAAGAAUCUUUCAAAAAAGACCCCAAACUUUAUAUCAACUGUAAAGACUCUGCAGUGUCCUUUGAAAAUGGCCUACAGCAUCCCACCCCAAAUUGCCUAAAAAAUGAAAAAACAACUAGCCCAAGAUCCAGGAACACUUCCAUAACCAAUGAUUCACAGCAAAUGUUAAUCAGUAGUAGUCCUUCUAUCAAGUUCCUUGAAACUAAUUUUGAUGACUGGGUUCACCAUACUACAAAAAUAGCAUUUCUUUCACCUGUACUUCCCACAUCACAAAUGCUUAGAUUCAAUUCCAGAGGCCCAGGGAAAUGGCCUGCUGCCUGCAGUACCCCUAAUCAGGCCAAGGAACCCAAAAACAAAAAGAGACAGAUGGAACAAAGGACUGAUGAAGAUUUAAUUGGAAAAGAAUUUCAUCCAAAGAACAAGAACAGGGUGACAACUGUGAAAGAAAUUACUCCUGAACUUGAAAACAAUGACAGUGGAGGCUGGAGUUCCAAAAAUGCAGCUCUUAAGACUGAUUCCUGUUCAAAUGUCAAAUGUCGACUUUCAUUUUCUGAAAAUGAGACCCCUCCAGCUAUUGAAGUUCCAAAUAACUGGUCUCCUGAAUUGUUCACACAAAGUCAACAAAACCCAAUUACUAAACACUUAUUAAAGAUUCCCCUUUGGAAACUUUAG